CUCCCCUCGGUUUUCCCCAAAAGCGGUUCCCGGUUUUCCCCCAAACCGCCCACGUCGCCUCAGAUCUUUCAAUAGACGCUCCUCUGCGGUAUAAAGAUACCAGGGAUUAGAGAUGAAGUCGCGGAGAUUGUGCGAGCUCUGUGAGGGAGAGGCGGCGGUCUACUGCGAGCCGGACUCGGCGUUCCUUUGCUGGACCUGCGACGCUGCCGUCCACGGCGCCAAUUUCCUCGUGGCCCGCCACGUCCGACGGAUCGCCUGCGCCCAGUGUUGGUCCCUCGACGCCGGACGUCUCAUCUCCGGCGCCGGGUCCCCGCCGAUCCGCUCCAUCUGCCGAUCCUGCGACCCCGAUCUCGUUUCCUCCCCGUCCUCGUCGUCUUCGACGAGUUCUUCUUGCCUCUCCAGCGCUGAGUCUUCGGUGGCGCCGGCGAGGGAGGAGGAGAAGAAGUUCCGGCGGAGGCGGCCGUCGGGGAGGCGGAGGCGGAGGCGGAUGCGGGAAGAGGUGGAUGAGAGGGCGGAGAGGAUCCUGGCGAGCUGGAGCCGGAGGAUGGGGUUGACGGAAGGGCAGCGGUGCGUCGGGGAGGCGGCGCACGUGCUGGGCGCGUGCCCGGGGGUGGCGGCGGCGCUGCCCUUCCGGGUGGCCCUGGCGGCCGCGCUGUGGUUCGCCGCCAAGCUCAGCGAGGUGGCGGAGGGAACGGGAGGUGCGGCGCUGGAGGCGGUGCUCCGGCGGCUGGAGGCGUGUUCCGGUGUGCCCGCGAAGCUUAUCGUGCUGGCCGAGGCCCGGCUUGCCCGGGCCGCCGGCCGGAUCCGAGUCGCUGAGGAGGGCUGGGCCGAGUGCUCGUAGCGAGACAUCGACACGUAUCGCUUUUUCUACCAAAAUUAUUUAAGCUUUGUGUGGUGGAUUUUGGUCCAGGAGGAGUUUCGUGGAUGCUCUAAGGAAAUAGUGGUGGCUUACUUUUUUGAUUGGACUCAUAAAUUGGACCAAAAUCUCAUCUCGGAUGAGAUAAAAAUGAGAAUUAGUAUUUAGUUACGUUUGUUGACUCAAAGGCAAGUUGAUCUUUUCUAAACGGCUUUGAAAGUUUCUUUCUUCUUUUUUUUUUUUGUCUCGCUCGCACAAGAGAUCAGGAUUUGAUUGUAUGGUGUAAGUUUGAAACUAUAAUGACAUUCUACUAGUCUGCUCGACUUGAACCUUAGACCACCUUA